UACUUUUUGACGUUUCUGUCACAAUGGUGACAAGUCCGCAUCACGCACGUGGUCGCACGUUGCGAUGGUUUUGAGGUUAGGUUGACGUUUAACCGACAGUCUCAAGUUUCAAGAAAAUUAUGGGAUACACUUGUUAAUUGCGCGAGUGAAAUAAAAAGCUGAGAAAAACUUUUCUCUCGGGAUGGAAGUUAGCGUAGGCGACGUGGUGAUGCCGGGCGAUAGUUUAACGAAUAUCACGUCAUUCAAAAAAGAAAACAAAAACGAGAAGGAGAUCGUAAUCCUGGGCCCUGGACUGCGUCGUGAAGACGAUGCCGUUCUCAUUUGUAAAGCGGGUGUUCUGAGGAAACGCGAGCCGGCCGUCUACUAUGUGGAUAGCUAUCAGAAACGAUACAUUCCCAGUCGAGGCGAGAACAUCGUUGGUAUAGUGACGCAAAAAAGUGGCGACAUUUAUAAAGUAGAUAUUGGAGGCAGCGAACAGGCGACACUAUCUUAUUUGGCUUUUGAGGGAGCCACGAAGAAAAACCGACCUGAUAUACAAAUCGGCGAUUUGGUGUAUGGUAAAUUGCUAGUCGCCAGCAAGGAUAUGGAGCCGGAAUUAGUAUGUGUGGACUCCCAUGGCAAGGAAAAUGAACUCGGUAUGCUCAGUUCAGAUGGCAUGAUGUUCACCUGCUCGCUGAGUCUCAUAAGAAAAUUACUCAAUCCGGAGUGUCCAUUGUUCAGGCUACUUGGAAGGAAUCAGGCGUACGAACUUGCUGCUGGGAUGAAUGGCAGGAUAUGGAUCAAGGCGCGAUCGAUUCAAGAGACAAUAGCCGUGGCAAACGCUAUUCUAGCGGCGGAAUUCAUGGUACCUAGUGAAAUGCAAAAACUCUGUUCCAAAAUCGAGAAAAUAUUAUUUCUUGCAGCUUAACGUGACUUUGAGGAAAAUUUAUUUGGAUGGAUUAUUAAUGCAAAAGAUUAGCAUCGAAGAUUCGAUGCUUUUUUUUUCAUAUAACUUAGUAAUUAGAAUAAUACCUUAAAUCAACUCGAAUGCGUUUUAAAGCCAGUUCCAUCUUGGCAUGUAAAAUAAUGACUACUUGCUUAUCAAUGACAGUUACAUUUAUUGUAAUAUUUGCAAUAAAUUCUGUAAAUAAAUCUGGAAGAGUUUUCUUAAUUGAUAUUUUAUGUGUAAGAAUAAUAUAGAGUGAGACAACCAUUUGUGACAACCUGAUGAAUUAAAACUAUAGGUACAAUUAUCACUAAAAGAUGUUAUUGUAUGAAUGUACAUACAGCGGAAGCGAUGAGUACAUGAUUGUACAAGAUAUUAGCAUGAAACAAUAUAAUUUAAUGUAUUAAAAGAAAAGAAGACUCGCUUCGUAGGAAAUUCAAUGUUUAAUUUCGCUUUAACAAAAGAAACUUGAUGACAUUCGGGUAUUACACAUAGAUAUCGUAUUACACUAGUGAUUGCAGACAGUAUCGAUAUAAGGAUACGGAGUGCAGAGCGCUGCUAAUUAUGAUAAUUUUCAUUACGUCUCGCUGAUAUGUGCCUAGUGUAAUGCUCUCUUCGGCUUGUGCUUCGAGCCGUGCGCGACUAUAUACGAUGUUUGUAACAGUCUAGAACAGUGACGGUAUUUGCACUCAAGCACAACCAUUACUUUCAUCUUACAAAAUAUUACUCGGAAAACAAUAUCUAAUCCAGUGAAUAUAUCAUUACGUUUUCGCAAAAUUUCCAUUUAAUCAAAGAUUGCAUAGCAUCUUUGUAUUUAGUGGAAUGUAUUCACUGCCAUCGCUUUCUAACUACGCGUAUACAUAUAAGAAAAUCAUUGGCAAAACAAUCUCAAAAACAUUAUUCUUGCUGUUAAUAAAGAGAAAGUUAAUGAAGUAAAAUUAAUAUUACCUUCUUUUUAUCACUAAGUAGAUGUCAUGUUUUACAAAAUUAAUACUAUCUUCUUUUUAACUCUGAAUAUACAUUAAGUUUUAUAAAAUGAUUUUGAGACAUCGAAAAGUCCAUAUGAUUUUCUAAUUAUUGACAUCACAUAGAGAAUGUUUUUGCGCCAAUUCAAACAAUAACAACUUAUCGCUAGAUACAUAUAUACUACUGUUGACUAAGAUUUUGACAGUGAAAUAAUAUAUAAUACAAUUGUAAUAUCAAUUAAAAAGAAAGAAAAACAAUAAGUAUACAUAAACGCAACAGAGUAUAUCUACGCAAAAAAAAAAAAAACGAUAAAAGAUCUAGCAAACAAAAACAAUAAGUAUUAAUAACAGAAGUAUAUUAUUAAAGCUCAACUAUUCUUUUUUGGUCAUUUAUGGCCCCUACUUCAUCUCACAACGCCAUACUAAAAUAAAAUUCUAUGACACACAUCUAAAUGCUACAAAAGAGUACACCGUGACACCUUUCAGGAUCGGAUUUUUCUUCAGUAUCUACAUCACAGAUCUAAAAAAAAUUCAACAGAUCUUCACAAAAAAGCAAAAAAAUUUAAUUCUUUUUAAAAAAAA